AUGACCAUGGAGGCGGAGCGCGGGGCCGGCGAGGAGGAGGAGGAGCCGCGGCGCCCUCUCCUCUCACCUUCGUCGCCAGCGGCGGAGCACCAGCACGUGGGGCGGAGCAGCUCGUCGGCGCUGCGCGAGGGCGGAGGAGGGUGGGAGGAGGUCGGCGCUGCCGAGGUCAAGUCCGCCGCCUCCUUCUCCUCCCCCAACUACUACCCCCUGGCGCCCAAUCCUCACCACGACGCCGUCUACCCACCGUCCAUCCACAGCGCCGUCCUCCCCCCAUCCCCGUCAACUGCUGCCACUCCUCCGCAUACACAUGGUUUGGCGAUUGGUUCUCAAGGGCCGUACCCGUACGGCGGUGAUUACCAGCCUGCUCAGGGCGUCAGGAGGGGUGUACUGGAUGAGGUGGAGGUCCGGCAGAUGCUAAUCGAACAUGUUGGGCACCGAUGUUGUUGGGGCAGCCGGCCUGCUCGGACAUGGAAGAUUACAUCCAUCAAGGACUGCUGCGACGUAUAUGUUGGUACCUUGGAAACCUUCAUCGAGCAAAGAGACACCAUAUUUGAAAGGGAACCCUAUCAUGGUGGGGAAGUAGAUGGGAGAGACAAGGGUCCUGUCCUUGGUGUGUGGGAACUAGAUUUGAGGUCCGAGUUUCCUCCGCUCUUUGUACCGGAGAAAGAAGUAAGGGUCAAGAUUCCUCAUUCACAAGUUACUGAGAAGUGCUCAGGUAUGGCAUUCAUUUAA